CGCGAACUACGCGAGAGCAAGAUGGCCGACACCACGGCGGCUGGGCCUAGUAGCUCCGGAACGAGACCAGGAAGUAAACAGUCCACUAACCCUGCUGAUAACUACCACCUGGCCCGGAGGCGGACUCUGCAAGUGGUUGUGAGCUCCUUGCUGACAGAGGCGGGCUUUGAGAGCGCUGAGAAAGCGUCUGUGGAAACCUUGACAGAAAUGCUGCAGAGCUACAUCUCAGAAAUUGGGAGAAGUGCCAAAUCUUACUGCGAGCACACAGCCAGGACGCAGCCCACGCUGUCGGACAUCGUGGUCACACUGGUUGAAAUGGGGUUCAAUGUGGACACUCUCCCUGCUUAUGCAAAGCGGUCUCAGAGGAUGGUCAUCACUGCACCUCCGGUGACCAAUCAGCCAGUGACUCCGAAGGCCCUCACCGCAGGGCAGAACCGACCCCACCCACCACACAUCCCCAGCCAUUUUCCAGAGUUUCCGGAUCCCCACACCUACAUUAAAACUCCAACAUACCGUGAGCCAGUGUCUGACUACCAGGUCCUGCGAGAGAAGGCUGCAUCUCAGAGGCGAGACGUGGAGCGGGCACUCACCCGCUUCAUGGCCAAGACUGGCGAGACCCAGAGUCUCUUCAAGGAUGACGUCAGCACCUUCCCCUUGAUUGCCGCCAGGCCUUUCACCAUCCCCUACCUCACAGCCUUGCUUCCCUCUGAGCUGGAGAUACAGCAGAUGGAAGAGACAGACUCUUCGGAACAGGAUGAGCAGACAGACACAGAGAACAUCGCUCUUCAUAACAGCAUGGAUGAUUCCGGAGCUGAGAAGGAGAACGCCUCUGUCCUGCAGCAGAGCUCCUCCUUGUCUGGCAGCCGGAACGGGGACGAGAGCAUCAUCGACAACCCUUACCUGCGGCCGGUGAAGAAGCCCAAGAUCCGUAGGAAGAAGUCCCUCUCAUGAUCUGAGAAGGAAACUGCCCUGUAAGGGGGAUACCACAUUCCUGGGGGAUGAAACCACAGAGGGAAGAAGGGGACGUCUUUCUGCCCAUGUCCUGGCUACAUCAUUUCAGGAGGCAUCUUCUCCGAAGACAACCUGUGUUGCUUUGAUGUGUGGGUUGAGGAGGAAGCCAUGGUGCAGUAAGAACUGCUCCAUCCCCUUGGCCGUAGUGUUGCAAACAGGGCAGGAGCCUGCUGCCGAUUUCAUUGACCAAUCACAAGACUUGAUUCCUUUGAAACCUGGAGGGCCAGGGAAAGUGGCAGAAAGAGAAGGCCCACUGCUUCAUACCCUGCAGAGAAGGCUGCCAGGUGUCUCUUCCGGAGCAUGCGGAUCCUUGUCAUUGACCCACAAAAGUCAUGGCACUGAUUUACCCACCCAGAACCUCAUUCUCAUCUCUCUCCUGGGCCCCAAGAUCCCUGCUAGCUGACGGAAUGAGACUUUGACUCUCUCAUCAUGUUGGAAAUAGGCCCACAUGCAACCUUGGUCUGAGGCUGCCAGAAGCUAGGAGCAUGUGUGUUAAAGUGGAUGACAGUGGCCAGCAUUUGAUUAAAGCUGACCACAUAGGGGCCAUCCCCCUUGGAAUGUGUGUUCCAGCCACUUUUUAGGAUAACUGGUUUGCCCAGAGCCUGGGACGUACUUAGUUAUCUCAGUGUCUGAGAGGAGCCAUGGAUUGUCAGCACCAGGAAGAGGAUCAGCAGGGAGGUGGUAGGGAGAGCUAGGCUGAGCUGGCCAGUGCAGCUGGUGGUGGAAAGCCACAUGCCCACCUGCUGCAGGGGCUGAGCUCAGAGAUCUCAGGAGUGCACGUGUUUGUCAAGAAGCAAGUCGGAAUCCACCCACCGCCGUCCCUGGAGAGAAGAGGCCAAGCCCACACUUCAUGCCUCCAAGGAGACACUUGUCAAGUUGGUGUCUUCGGCUGGUUUUGAAGAGAGGUAUUGAAAAACCAAACUCAAGGAAGAGUGACAGUGACAUUGGA